GAGAGAGGAAAAUAAGAGCCAUCAGCACCAUCUAUCUGACGCUCAUACUAUUGGAUAUUAUUAUUUUGGGGGGAUCUUUCUUUCCUUCAUCUUAUAUUUUUUGCUCAUAUUCAAUCUCAAGUUUUUUUUCUAUUCUUUCUUUUUUUUCUCUUCUCUCUCUCUCUGUUUUUUUUGGUGUGUGUGUGAGAGUGUGUGUGUGAGAGUGUGUGUGGAUACUUUUAUUAUCCCACCAGCUCGACUCGACUCUUAUUCUACUGCUUCUAUUCUAUAAUCCCUAUUUCCUCACUCAUCGUAUGGGACUACACAGGCGAUUAUUUCUCUUUUUAUUUGUUUGUUUUCCCACUCCGGACUAAAAUUCUCCGAGCGAUCGACCAACUAACCAACCAGCCAACCGACCGACGGACCGGACCCGACCGUGAGCCACUGCUUUACCACCACAAACUCAAAGAGAGAGGGAGACUUCACUGGUGCGCUCUCCAGGAUUUUAAUGUGUCUUCCUGUGUGCAUUUUGUGAGCUGAGUUUGGUUUUUAAAAGCAGGACGGAGGUGAGCUGACAGCAACUCCUGAAGCUCAAUCAGUCUGUGAGGAUGAAUAAUAAGACUCGCACGGUCAACAUGGUGGUGCCAUUUUGGAGAUAAAUCCCCUCCACCACCACCAACACCACCACUACCACCUCCACUACCCCCCCACCUCUCUCCUCUGUUUUAAUUUCGUUUCUUGACACAUUUAUCUUCAUGUGACGGGAGGAAAAACACGGGAUAUCAGGUGGAGAUCUUGCGCGCAGACAGGCGUCACCUGCCUGUCAACUACCACUAAUUGGAUUAUUUUGAUCUUGAACUUACAGUCUGCAGGUUGCUCUCCUUCCACCUCCACCACCACCUCCCCUCUCCUCCUCCUCCCCCCUUAAAGAAGUUAUGUCAAGGCCUCUCACUCAGCUCUUGCCGCCGGAUCUUCCUGCCGGGGCCACCAGCCCCCAGUUUGGGGCCAGCAACCCGACUGGAAGUGGCCCCCAGGGUGGCCACCUGACCUCCAUGACCAACCUCAAGUCGUUACUUCAGCUGCCAAUCAAAGCCGACCAGAGAGGCACCAAGGACUGCUGCGAGAUGAAAGACAAAGAGAAGCCCACGGACUCUGACGAAGACUCCACGAGUGUCAGUGCUGGAGGGCCCAGCGGGCCGGGAGGAGCCCCAGCCUCCGGCGCCCUGCGACCCAACUCCCAGUCAGCUUUCCUGGGGCCGCUGCUGUGGGAGAGGACCCUGCCAUGUGACGGAGGCCUGUUUCAGCUGCAGUACAUGGACCUGGAGGAGUUCCUGACCGAGAACGGGAUGGGGAUGCACAGUAACGGGCCCAGCUCCACCAGCGCCCAGAUCCCCUCUCAGAGCUCCCAGUCAGCGGUGCCCAACCAGAGCUCCCAGUGUCCUCCCUCAUCUCCUUCGCCAUGCUCUUCUUCUUCCUCCUCCAUGUCCUCUUCAUCUUCCUCUUCCUCGCUGCUGGGACUGGAAACCGUCCAGCCACAGCCACCGCCACAACCUCAGCAACAGCAGCAACAGCAAGGCAUGAUUGGAGGACCUGAGUGUCUACACGGCGGUCAGGUGGUGCCUCAGGACCCAUCACCUUCUACUACCUGCCCUCCCGGACCCCCGGGACCUCCAGCGGUUGCCAACGGUAACAGCGACAUCCAGGUGAACUUUGACCCGGACCCGGCGGACCUGGCGCUGUCCAGCGUGCCGGGCCAGGAGGCGUUCGACCCGCGGCGGCACCGCUUCAGUGACGAGGAGCUGAAACCGCAGCCGAUGAUCAAGAAAGCCAGAAAGAUGCUGGUUCCCAAUGAGCAGAAGGACGAGAAGUAUUGGAGCCGACGCGUCAAGAACAACGAGGCGGCGAAACGCUCGCGGGACGCCCGGCGGCUGAAGGAGAACCAGAUCUCGGUGCGCGCCGCCUUCCUGGAGCGGGAGAACGCCGCCCUUCGCCUCGAGGUCGCCGACAUGAGGAAAGAGCUCGGCCGCUGCAGGAACAUCAUCAACAAGUACGAGAACCGGCACGGAGACUUGUGAAGCGAAAGGAAGGAAGAAGAAGAAAGAAGAUGAUGAUGAUGAUGAUGGGGAGGGGGAAGGAUUGGGGGUGGGGGGGGGAGAGGAGAUGAGAGAGGAGAGAGAGGGUACAAGGCAACCCAACAACAGCAGCACUUUAGUUGAAGUGGCGCGGUGUGAGGGGGGGUGGAGGGGGAGGGGGAGGCCGGCUAGCGUAGAUCUGCAGUAAGCGCCAUGUGACACCGGGCGUAAAAUAGACUAAAACAACGUGUUUUAGUGCGGGCGCAGUGCUUCAGGAUGUCACAGCAGUAAAGCACAGCGAUGCCAUGUCUCUCUUUUUUGUUGUUCUUUUGCCCCCUCCCCCUCUCCCCCCUCUCCCCCCUCCCCCGAUGAUCUGACUCUCUUUGUACAUGCUGCUUUUUCGCUGAACCUCCAAACACGACUGUACUGUAUCACCUUGUGUCACCUCGGCAGCUUAAAAUAUACAAAAAAAAAAAACCCAAAUAAAACCCCGUCACCCUCGGUGCUGUGCUGCUUACGCCCGGUGUCGCGCGGCGUUUUUUGCAAGUAGUGCGCUCCACAGGCCACGCCCCUCCCCUCCCCUCCCCCCCCUCCCUCCGCUUCCAGCCAGUUCAAACAGGGUGUUGAAUUCACAUUUAUGCCAGUGAAAUCUCACUUUUUAAGCUCAAGGCACGAACACACAAGCCAGGAGAGGUCAGAUGUGUAAUUUUUUUCUAUAAAUAGGAAAUUAAAAAAAGAAUUUUAAGCAUGUAUAUUUUUGAACUGGGCAGGAAGGCAAGACUAGUCCAGCGAAUAGGAGAAGAGGAGGAGGAGGGGGGGAGGAAAAGGAGGUGCAGGGUUUUCGUCCAUAACGCAAAGAGAUUUUGACAUAGGAUUAUUGUAUAUUUUUCUAUUAGCAGAGGUAGACAGGAGGACGAUUUUGGAGAUAAUCUUUUGUAUAUUUUAUAUAUGGGCUUGGGGGAGGGGGAGGGUCUGAUAGCUGGACAGUCACGGGGCCACACGAUUUUUUUCCUCCCAGCUGUUUAUCGCUUAAAAAAAAAAAAAAAACACACACGACAAAUAAUCUAUUUUCGAUUUCACGGAGCUGGUUUAAGUCCGAGGCGGAGGCGUAAAACAGAGAAUGUAUCACGGUUGAAUCAGGUAUUUCACACACAGAGACGAGGCGAGGUAUUUUAGUAACGAUUGUUUUCGGCGAGGUGAAGGGCGGGGGGGGGGGGGGGGGGGGGGGGGGGGCAAGGCAAAGGCGGGCGUCGGGAGGAAGAUGGUGAAACAAAAAAAAAUUGUAUAGUUUAAAAGAUUUUUUUUUUGUGUGUUUGUUCGUUAUUUUUUCUUUGUGGGCUCGUUAAAAGCACUUGAUUUAUUAUCUUCUAUUUGAUUCCGUGUAUGAUUUUUUUUUUUUUUUUAAAUAAAAUCGCUCGGGGCUUUUUAAUCUUUUUUUUUU